UAUUCCCACUGACAAGGAGAGAGUGGCCUUCAAGGACCUGGACGCUGCCAUCUUGGUCGGUUCAAUGCCCAGGAGGGAGGGCAUGGAGAGGAAAGACUUACUCAAGGCCAACGUGGCCAUCUUCAAGAGCCAGGGAGCUGCCCUGGAGAAGUAUGCCAAGAAGACUGCCAAGGUGCUGGUUGUAGGAAACACCAACUGUCUGAUUGCAGCCAUGUCUGCUCCCUCCAUCCCCAAAGAGAACUUCUCCUGUCUCACCCGUCUGGACCACAACAGGGCUCGCUCUCGGGUGGCAAUUCGCUGUGGUGUUCCUGCUACCAAUGUCAAGAAUAUAAUCAUCUGGGGCAACCACUCGUCCACCCAGUACCCAGAUGUGCACCACUGCCUAGUCAACAUCUCCGGUAGUGAGCUCGCCUGCUUCGAUGCCGUCAAGGAUGAUGCCUGGCUCAAAGGAGAUUUCAUAGCUACAGUGAAGCAGAGAGGCACUGCCAAGUGCAGGAAGCUGUCCAGUGCUAUGUCUGCUGCCAAGGCCAUCUGUGACCACAUGAGAGACAUCUGGUCAGGCACCCCCCAGGACGAGUUCACCUCUAUGGGCGUGUACUCCUCUGGAAACUCAUAUGGAGUCCCAGCAGACCUCAUCUAUUCAUUCCCAAUCCAGAUCAAGGACAAGAACUGGACGAUUGUGGACGGCCUGGCCAUCAAUGAUUUUUCCCGAUCGAGGAUGGACGCCACAGCAGCCGAGCUGAUCGAGGAGAGAGACAUGGCGGUGUCUUUCCUGGGGUAUGACUAGACCCUGCUGUUUAGUGGAAAAAAAUAAUCCAGUUUUAAUUUGGUUAUGGAUUAUUGCAUUGG